CGCUGACAGCUGCGUGCGUAGCAGGUUUGAGCUUCUUGAGCGCGAGGUGGAUACAGGUUUCCGAAACACAAACAUCUCUUUGGAUAUUCAGGGGAUCGAAAACAAGAUGAAGGCCAUCAGUCCAGUGCGCUCAGUGAGAAGUUGUUACGAGGCGGUGUGCUGCAUUUCGGAGCAGAGUUUGUCCAUCAGCAGGAGCCGGAGUCCGACCGAGGAACCGGUUGGAGCGCUGAACGACAUGAACGACUGCUACUCGCGCCUGAAGGAACUGGUCCCGAGCAUCCCUCAGAACAAAUCCGUCAGCCAGAUUGAGAUCUUACAGCAUGUAAUCGACUAUAUCUUCGAUCUCCAGAUCGCCCUGGAAAGUCCUACAGCCGCUCCAGAGAUGCUGAAGGCACUGAAGAGCUCAGAGAUCAAGCACAGUCUGUCCAAAGAAAGUGAUGGAGCUCUGUGCCAUUAGAGGAGAAAAGAAAGUUCUUCUUCUCCUUUAUCGGUGCAGGACAGAAACUUCUCCACUCAUGGAGAAAAGAGAGAGGGAGUGAAGGGGCUGAACACUCUCACACACUCUUUCACACACACUCACACACACUCACACGACGAGUGUGGCUAUUCAGAGUGUGGGAAAAGAACCUGCACCCCACUCGAACCGUGCAGUCUUUGGUCACUGGACACUUGAACGCACCAAAGCUGAAGAUUUCUGGAGUCCGGAGAUGAAAAGCUCUCGUUUUUUUUUUUUUUUCUUUUUAUUAGUAUUAUAUAUGUACAAUCAUUCCUCUUUGUGUGAUGCUACAAUCAAGCAUUGUGUAUUGCUGACUGGUUGCAUUCCAAGCUAUUAAGACGACACACACUUUACAUUCCCCGAGUUACUCUUGAGUCUUUCUCUUUUUCUUUUCUCUCCCUCUUUUUUUUUUUUUUUAAUUUUUUUUUCUCCAGUAAAUUCCAACCCAUUCAGUUACCACCAUCACAAUGAUCUUUAUCACAUGUACAUUUCUUUUUGUUUGUUUGGUUUUUUUUUUUUAAAGGUUGUAUGGAUUAUAAACAGAUUCUAAUGUCAACUCUAUAAAUAUAGAGUGAAUUGUAAAAGUUUGUGGGGAUUCUACAUUUCUGCAGACUGUAUAUAUAUAUAUAUAUGUACGUGCCGAGUUUUAUAAACUCAUACAUUGUUUUUUUUCUAUACGUUCACCUUUUUUUUGCUAAAGAAAUAAAUCACUUGAAGAGAAA